UCAGUCAUCCCUUAAAAAUAGUCCUUAAUGUGAAUUAAACUUCCUGUCGACCCAACAGAGUUGACACAGCCGUCUGUCAAGUGGGGUAGAAAGUUACACACAGAUUUAAAGAGAAGAAAGGCGUGCUUAUCAUUUGAGCUCGACGUUUAAACAUCCACGAAAGGGGACCGGAAAUAACCUCAGUGUGAUCUUCUCGGAGCACAUGUUUGUGUAUUUCAUUCAUUCAGUUCAACUUGUUCAGGGAACAAAUCGUUUUUCACCGCUGGAACACAUUUACCUGUAGGUUCCCAUGCCGUCACACCUGUAAUUACAUAGCGAGGGAAUGCCAGCGCUAAGAGAGUGUUGACAGUUUAUGAUAUAUAUUUAGUACAGUACAAUAACAACAUAGAAGAAGAAUGUUCAUGGAUCGGCCAGAAUGACUGUGCUUUGUUACAUUAGGAGAAAGAUCCUGGUGGUCCUUGGGGUGUUCACGUCCCUGGGACUGAUCACGGGAAUGGUGACCCCCUGGUGGGUGGUGCUGGUCACCCCUGACAGUCGACUAGUGAACGGACUGUGGUACUCGCUGUCCUGUGAUGUGUCGUCUGGACUAUCUCUCUGUCGGAGUCUUCUUUUGGCUUCGGAAUCAACCUUAGGAAGUGCGCGCCUGGAGUACGGACUGCUGACGCUGUUUGGGACACUGAUCUGUAUGCUGGCCACUGUGUUCCUCAUUUUGUACAACCCCCGGGUGAACACGGUGCAGUCCACCAUCACGGGCGCCCUCACGGUGACGCUUUACGUAAUAUCAGCUAUCUUGACGUGGAUUGCGGUGGGUAAAGCCUGCGCAGACAACGUGCGCCUUAGACGUAACCAGGAUUUAGAUGGCCCCUGGUCCCUUGUAGUAUCGGCAGUGGCAGGAACCAUGCCAAUAUUCCUGGCGGUGGUAAUCUCGUUUAGAAUUCACAAUAAUGUUACAAACAUAAAAAAAGAAAGACGACAAAAGAGGAAGACCCGUCAGUUUUAUGAACAGCGUAGUUGCCAUAGCAGCAUGACGAUGCUGGGUAACACGGGCACCUUGCAGUCCAGUUCCUUACAUUCCAGCGUUCACUCGCUGGACAUCUCGUUUGCCAAUCACCAGGAAGUGAAUUCUUUAAACAGUCUGACCAUGGAGUUCAAGGAGAAUACAAGUAUUUCCAAAAUGUCCAAGUCCCCGAUCAUUAUGGACAAUACAUCACCUAUCUUCCCUGCAGAUAUUAUUCCUUACAAGUUCCCCAACAAUCCGCCAUAUUGAAUUCCGAGUGUAAAUACACGCAAACGUAAGAUAUUCCAAGUUCAAUGUCUUUCACUCAGUCCCGUGUUAGUUUAUGAAAUUGCUAUUCGGUGAUCUUAAAGGAAAAUAAAGAAGUGAUGAUGCUUUAAUUGUUGACAUUGUGAAAAUGACACAUAUGUACAUUGUUUUUGCUUAUUACAUGUAUACGCAUUUAAAUGUAAUCGCAUUUAAAUGUAAUCGUGUACAUAUUGUUGCAAUAUUUACAAAUGGUGCUAUUCAUGGAAUACAUUUCAACAGCCAUUUCAUCUGACGUUUUUUUUUUCAGCCGUCCUUUUCAUUACAUUUUGUCGUAUCAUUACGGAUUCUUUUCAUUUUUAAUUAUGUUUUCUUUGAUUUCUACAUUUUUAGUGCUUGGUAUUUGUAUAAAUGAAAUAUGUAAAAUGCCAUUAAACGAAACAAAGUACG